CGAUCCCCUUAGGUUCACCUGCGGGGUCGGACAGCUCUUCUCCGAGCGCCUGCGGCAAGAGGAAGGCUUCAAGGCGCUUUCCCCGGACCUCGAGGACAGCAUGGUGAUGAUGGUGAUUGACUACUUCAGGACCGGGCCCGGGCGCGCGCUGCUGCUGAAAUUGCGGCUGUGGCAGCAGGAGCUGGAUCCCGCGGGAUUUGAGAGUACUAGUCAUGAGGGGAUCUUCGCUCGUGAUGGUGGGAGGGGGUUUGCGAUGCCGAUUGGGGUCGCGAGGGAGCGGCUGAAGGUCGCGAUGACGUUUCGGGAUUGCUCGAUGUUUGUGUGCGUGCAUUAUGGGGCGGAGGUGCCGUUUGUGGAAGCGUAUUUGGUGGAUUUGGAUCCGAAGGUGGAUGAGAAGGUCGGGGAGUGGUUGGACAAGGAGGUAGGGUUGCUGAAUCAAGGGUGGUAUACGGGGAAAGAAGAAGGGGCAAAGAGGGAGAAGGUAUGUGUUUUAGCAGGCCAGAUGAAGUGGGACACGAGGGGGGAGAGAAUGUGGUGGUUGUGAGGGGUUGGUUUGGGUAGGGGACGUGUCUUUGGCGUUUGGGGAGCGAUAUACCCCUGUGCUACUACUGAGGGGUGGGCUUAAAAUACCGGAGGGACGGACGGACGUAUGUUUAACAUUGCAACUGCAUGAGAC